AUGAAAUACAUCUUCUUUACCCUUAUAAUCUCGGGCCUAGUGCUUAGCUUAGCUUGGAUGCCGGUCAUUGAAGCCGAUUGUUCGAUAGGUGAAGGAAAACGCGAUUGCCAUUCAGGAUUUUCUUGUCAAUCUAAUGCCGACUGCGUAUUCAAAUCUUGUGAAAAUUUCGUCUGCGUGCACAAUUUGUCUAAUGGCUGCAAAGUGGGAGGCAAGAAUCAAAAUUGUAAACUGGGUGAUCCUUGUGCGUCUAGUGAUGACUGCCAAACACCUGGUUGUGAAGCCGAUGAUAGUGGAAAUAGUUUUUGCGUCUGA